AUGUUGUUGCAUACCAAUUCCGUGCAUAGUCAUGUAGGGAAAGAAGCGAUGGAUAUAAUGCACAACUGCCGUCUUAAUCAACACAACGCGCAAAAGCACCGCUUCAAUUAUUGCCAACUUUUGCUAGUACUCAUGAAGAUCGUAUGA